UUCGUCGUCAGCCAUCUUCACCACGAGCACAAUCUUUCAACAAGAACUAUUUUGAAUAUGUAGUCUAUUAGAACCUAAAAAGUAGAAUUCAUCAUCCUGUUUGCCCCACACAACCGUUUAGAUGAGUGUCUCCAAAGAUAAUCAGUGAGGGGACGCAAUGGAAGAAGGUAAAGAGAGAAACGACGAAAAAGAAUCUAGUGGUGAAACAUCCUCGGAAAGUAAAGGAAAACUGCCUUCUACUCAAACAGCACGAGCUAACUGGAACGUCAUGGCUGUCAGAGGAAAAGUAACUGACAAGUGUUUAUGGUCUGCUUGUAAAGCAAUGACUGCAGGCUUCUUGUUUAUUGUAGUUGGAGCUGGGAUGGCUACCCUUGGGUUUUACUCUGAUCACCUAUCGAGAGUAGAAGAAACAAAAGGCAACACCACAGUAUGGGUAAAAAAUGAAAGUAAGGAUUCCCAUUUAGGAAGUCUUACCUAUUUUGGUCCAGUUGUUAUGGGCAUAGGUGGCUUCACUAUUGUUGCGGCCUGUGUUAUGACGUUCGAAGCAAGAGAUACAGCAGCUAAGAUUGUACCAAUAUGGUUUAAAAGAACCAGAAUUCAUGUCGUAUCCGGAGGAAGUGGAAGUACGCCGUCUGGGAGAUCCAGCAAAGCAUCAUGGGAAAGAUUUUUAUCCCAGCAAAGAUCUAGUGAGGACGCUGGUGAUACGAGAACUGCUGUUACACAGGCAUUGGUAAAUUUCAGUAAAUAUUUACAGAAUAGUGUCGAUACAAAUAAACUACAACUUCAAAAUCCAAACGCCAAAAAUCAGCAAAUUCGCAAAUGUCCUUCUGAACCAAGUCUUGCAAAAAAUCUAAGAGAUGCCAAUGGUAAUAAUCUUCCUGAAGCAAUGAUGCUACUCGAAACUAGUACACCUCAACCAUCUCAACGCACAACUUACGGAGGAGGUCUCAAAACUAUCAGCGGUACGUCGAAACCUCAGUUGCUCUCGGUUGCACCAGACACGUAUCGACAGGCAGUUUCUAUGGACUGCCCGAGAUCAAAUAGAUAUGAUGACGAAAGCAAGGAAUCUCAUGUUGCCAUAACAGUACCAGAUACUACUUUGCAAGCAGCUGAUAAAAGUAGAAUUCAGACAUUGCCUUUGCAAAUAUCCUGUGCUACAAGUUCAAGUGGCUCAAUGUCCGUUGAUAUUUAUCUUCCUCAAGGGGCCGUUACCUUGAAGAUUCAUGAUGACAUGAAAGAACACAAAAAAUCUCCUCUUAAACCUGCUUAUUCGAAUGAAAGUCGAUAUACUAAAACAAGUCAACGCAGCGAAAUUCAGUCGUUCGAUAACGAUGACGACUUUUUAUCCACUGAGUUGGAUGAUAGUGUUUUUCUUAACCCUGAUCCGUGCAUUUCAACUCCUCAAAUUAUUCUGGAAACAGAGGACUCAACUAAACGAAAUGAAGAAAGUCCUUCGUAUAUACCUGACAAUCAUUCUCUACCCAUCGAAUGCAAGAAUACUUCAUCGGUAGAACAGUGGGCAACAUGUCAUACAGCAAUACCUCACACAGAAAAUAGAUCAGAAUCUCUUGAAGUACACUCUCCGGAAGGUAGCCCGAUUUCCCCCAAUUUUUCCGUUAAUUUUUCUUUUGAUUGCUCUGAGCCUAGCAUUAAUUCUCCAGAUACUGGCAUGGAUUCUGUUAUUUCUAAUCCAUUCUCUUCUAAAAUGUGCGUUCAGCCUUCUUUGUCACAAACUGAUACUAGUUUCUUUAACGUCAGCUCCCUCAAUUCGAUGGGAUCAUCUCAGGAUAUAAGUUCACCACUGGUGUUUUGCGGAAGCCCAAGGUGCUUCGAUUAUGACCAGGAAACAACUUCUGGGAAUAAAAACACCAAUGAUUACAUGAGAAAAUCGCAAGAAAUAUCUGAAUUAAAAAGUGAAAUUCCUAAAAAGAAAUUGCAUUCAUUUUCAGAAUCGACACGAAAGCAAGUUUCAAUCACACUAGAACCCGACCAAACAGGUAAAGGAGUCAAAUCAAGUCCCCGAAAGCAUAGCUCUUUAGAGUCUGCUCAAAUCCAGUCAUCAAAAUCGCAACCCAAAUCAUCAGGAAGCCCUAAAAGACCGCAGCUUUCAUUAGAAAGCUCUAGACUCUCUGAUGAUGCCUUUCUACUUCCUCCCCUUUCCCCUCGAUUUUUAAGCCCAAAGUCAGUUUCACCCUUGACAUCCCCAACUGUUUUGACUUUUUCACCAAGAAAAGCUCGAUCAGACAGCAUGCCCGAACGAAGGCAAGCACCAUCCCUGAAACGAUUCCCCCUUCUAAGGCAAGGAGCCCUAGAUGCUUUUGCUGAAGAAGGUGGAUCUGUCCAUCGAUUAGAUCGUUCCCAGACACAAAUCUCUUCUCCUAAAGAUUCAUAAUAUUUCUUCUAAUGGUGUCUUUUCUUUCACCAUUUCCUUCGAUUUCAUUUCGACGAGUGGUAAAAAUUCUGUGAUAAUUGAAAUGGCAAAACACAGUCGUUACUUGAUAAAAGCCAUAGAAGAUAACUCUCUUAAAGAAGAUUCAUAUCAAUAUGAGAGUUUCUUUGUACCUUAUUAUCAGAUAUGUUCAUAAUUUUGUUAUUCCUGCAAAAAGCAAUGCUUUCUUAUCAUGCAAAAUCAAAUAUAUGCUGGUGUUUCAUGUUAUUAAAAUUGAUAUGAAUGUUAGAGGGUUUGGAUUUUAGAUAAG